AUGAAAUUGCUGAAGUUAGGCUUGUUCUUUGCAGCUGCGUACUAUGUCAUGAACAGCUUGCUGUACACAUGGUUACCAAGAAAUUACAUCUUUGACCCAAAGGAUUUGAAUCAAAUUGUUAAUACUGCGCUAGCUGAAUAUGAUUUGGAAUCUGAGUCGUUUGACUUGAAAGUAAUGUUGCAGGACAUCAGGGACAGAUUAGCCAAUCAUUAUGGUGAAGAGUACAUCAACAAGUACGUUGAAGAAGAAUGGGUUUUCAACAACGCCGGUGGUGCAAUGGGUCAGAUGAUAAUCUUACAUGCUAGUAUCAGUGAGUAUUUGAUCUUCUUUGGUAGUGCAGUGGGAACUGAAGGCCAUACUGGUGUUCAUUUCGCAGAUGACUACUUUACAAUUCUAUACGGUGAACAAAGAGCCAGUCUCCCACACAAUCUAGUUCCUGAAGUUUACAAGCCUGGUGACACUCACCAUUUACAAAAGGGUUACGCCAAACAAUAUUCUAUGCCUACCGGCUCAUUCGCAUUAGAAUUGGCUCAGGGCUGGAUUCCAGCCAUGUUGCCAUUCGGAUUCCUAGACACUUUCUCUAGUACUCUAGAUUGGUACACUUUGAUCAAGACUGUGUACUUGACUGGCAGAGACAUGAUCAAAAACCUAGUUCAAAACGCUAAGUUCUGA